AUGGGAGCCGCAAACUCUCCCCCCCCAGCGCCCGUAGCCGUCCAAGACGCCACUAGUAACUCGAAUCUAACGGUCACCACCAUGACAACUGCAUCUGCACCCGCUGCCGAGAACAACUCCACGAUAGAUGCCUCUCCACGGAUCCAGCAGCAACAGCAGCAGCAGCAGCAGCCACAACAGCCCCUGUCCAGUCCUGCUUUCACUAAUGCAAACUCGACUACUGGGAAGCGAAAGAGGAGCGAUUCACCUUCCGCCCCCAUCGUCUCGCCGACACAGCAGCGAUCGCCUGCAAAGAAGAAAUCCGACGACUCCAUAAGGCCCGGUAGCGAUCCCGCCAUGAUCACGACCGUGGAGGAUAGGGCGUCGCAGAGGUUGCUGUUUAUGGAGGCUACCAUGAGGGAUCUAUUGACCGUCCUGAAAUCGUGAGCCUAUCCCCAUCCUUCCCUUUGUUUUCACCUCAUCUCCUCACCCGCCCCUCCUGACACGGUGCAGAAACGACCCCACUCCUUCCAUCCUUCGUCAUCCCAUCCCGAAUAGCGCGCCUUCGCCCUCCGGCGCGCCUCCCAUCAAGCGCACCAAGAUUUCGCCCUCGUCGCCCAACACGGUAGCCGAGAAGCUGUUGCGGGUGACGUACACGUCGCUAACCACCCUGCUCUCCGAUAUCAGUGCUGUUUGUCGCGAAUUGCUAACCUCCGCUGAUAACGAACGGCCGAACGGUACCCUCGCUAACGGCACCUCUAGUAUAGCUUCCGCCAGUGCACUCCCCUUCGUCGUCCAAGUCAUUCACUUUGAGGAGUUGGCGAAGCAGGUGAUCACGCGGGAGCGUGUACGCAGGGCCGAUUUGUUCGAUUUUGUUGAAGAAAUGUCCGCGGAUUCCGUCACCGUGAAGCCCGUGGGAAGUAGGGGAAAGGUAGCGUUGACCGUCAUGGGACAGCAUGGUCCGUUGUUUUCAUCGUUACAGAAUCCUAUCAACGCUCUGCCCGUGGGCGAUUUGGCACCCUCGUCGAGAUCCACUUCAGCAUCCGCAUCCACAUCCCCCAAAUCUUCAAUCUCAACAGCCCCUACAUCCACCGUGACCUCUCCCAAAGCUGAGCCGUUGAAUGAGUGCCCCGUCUAUACUCCGCUGAAUGAGUCUCACCUUCCUCCGCUCAUCUCCACGGUCAAGGCAAUCCCAUCAAACGGCCAACUUCUAAGGGGUGGUAAAAGGUUCACGGGCAAGGAGGGAGCCAAGGUUUCAACUUUGGGUGAAGCAUUCCCCGCGCCACGCGGCUUGCCACCGUUGCUUCCCCCGAAGCCUGACCAGCCUAGUGAAGUAGGACUGAAAUGGGGCGGAAAAAUUGGGGUCGGAGGCAUCAGGGUGGAGAAUCCGUCGAACGAUAAGUCCGAGGGCUGUGGAGACUGGCUCUCGUAUAGGAACAAUAUGUCCCCGAAUCACCCGUUGGCCCGACUUGAACCGCCUAGGUCGAGAGCACCGCUACCGGCAGAUCUUGUAGCUGCGUAUAGUAGUUUUGCGCCUACCAAGGACGACUCUGGAUCAAAGAUUCCGGCUGCGGUCAGGAAUCGGGUGUGGUGGGAUAGGGCCGGCAAGCAACUCUUUGCCAAAGAAUUUGCCGAUGAGCCUUCCCUUCGCCAGAUGUACAGUCCAUCCGAUGGAAAGGUCGCUGUGGUUGAGGCCCGGACGGAAGAGAUGGAUCUGGACGAAGAAUUCCGGAGAGCGAUUGACGAUUGGGAGCCGGACAAAGAAAUACCCAUAGACGCCAGAUUGCUCGAUGGAGCGGAUGGAGCAGAGGCGACUAUGGCUGGGAAGAGGGUGGAUGGGGAGAAUGGAGCGGACGCGGAUGCUGCAGGUACGAAAGAUGACCCGGAGAAAAUACUAUCGGAGAUAUCCGACUUGCUGCAAAGUCUGCGCGACCAGCAGUAUACCCGCCUAUCCGUUCUUCCCCAUGGCCAACCUGCCAAACCCGGAACCGUAAAUGCACCGGUGCCAAGCACACCUCUGGCGCCCGGCGAGGAAGAGGUCGGGCUGUACAAUACCAUUCGGGACAGGCUAGCUCGACUCAUAUCCAAGCUCCCGCCCCACCUGGUAGCAACCAUCGACGGUGGCCCUGGCAGCGAUCUCGCUCUCAGCGGCAAACUCCCUGUUCUCGCCCUGCCCAUCUUCAAGGGCACACUCCCCGCCGAUGAAUCCCACCACCCCAAAGCCUCGACCCCGCAAGUCCAAGGCGCGGCGAUGGCGGCAAUGAACGCAGCUGCCGGUCUCUCACCCGUCAACAGCGCACCCGUAGCGCACAUGUCCCCAGCCCGCAGCCAGCACCAUCACCACCACCACACCCCGGCCGCCUCCCGUCCAAUGUCGGCCCUUCCAAACAUCAGCGUGGGCGGCGCCCAGUUUCACGGCCACCAGAUGCCCAACUAUCGCAUCCCCAGCGUAACAACCCCACACCACUACCCAUCCCCAUACGCCCCCGCCCCAUCACCAAUGCCCACGCCAACCCCACAGGGGCAAUACCAGCCCCCGCCCCCACGCAUCGUCAGCCCUCUCAAUCACCGCCAACCCGCCCCCCCACAGCAGUUCCAUGGACACAGCUUACCCACGCAGACUUAUCAGAAUUCCCCCCCGCCGUACCAGACCCCGCCACAUCCGCGGCGCACCGGGGUCCCACCACCGCAGGGACUUGCGGCGGUUGGAGUUGGCUAUAGCUCGCCUGCGUACAACAAUAGCACCGGACUGCGUAUGGGCGUGCAACAUACCCCGCAAAGUAUGGGCCCCGGAGCCGUAUCUGGCGGGGGGAGAUAUACUGGCAAACGGAGGUAG